UUUAAAGUUAAACACUACAAUUCAAAUGGCUUUGUAAGGGUAUUGUAAAAGAAUCAGAUCUUAAUCAGCAGAAUGGGCACGAAAAGCUUAGCAUCGACAAUAUAUAUCAUUGAAAACCUAGAGAAACUAAAAACGGCCUUAAGGCAAGCCUUGGGAUUAGAUCCAAAUUUACCAAAACAAUGUGUUAUGAUGGAUUCGCAACAUCAAAAUAGACUAUCUUUGCUUGCAAUAGAAAUGCUAAUAGAACAAGAAGAUAUUGAUGUACAUCCAUAUGGAAGAGGUGGAAUUUACGAAGGAAUAUUGUACAGAAACAAGCCAAAAGAAAAAAUUAACAUCAUUUCGGCGUUUAUUUGGUUCGUUUUUGUUAGUUCGGUUGCUAUUAUGGCUGGGACAAUUGUCACUGUAGCAGAACUUUACUACUUCUUGAAGUCAGAAAAUACAAAUGAAGAUAAAAUGGCUUCCUGUAACUUUUUUAAAAACUGUUUGAAAGUCAAGCCAUUUCAAUGAAGAAUCCUUAGCUUAUAUUAUUGACAAUGCAUCCCUACCAGAUACUUAGUUCUAUCUAACAAAUCUAUAGAUCCAUAGAAUAAAUAGUACAUUCAGUUCUUUAACUAUGACUUAUCUGCUGAAAAGUAAAUCAGUUUAUUCCUCUUUGAGUAAACCUUUAGUUCUGAUAGUUCUUUAAUUUCCUAGACUACUGUUCCUACUUUAACUGAAAUAAGUUCGGUUAACAUGUCAAAAAGAGUACUGUUUCUCAAAUAGUUUGUGCUUAUUUUUUUUAUCAUUGAACUAUCAUUGAGUUGUUUUCUGCUUUGUAUAAAUAUCUGCUAAUUUGCAA